AUGGCCAAUAUCGGCGAGACGACCACGGAGUCCCGUUAUUAUCAUGAGGAAAGACGGGAGCGAAAGGGCACACCAGCUUCAGUACCCAUCGCCCUCUCCGCCUUCCUUGCAGAAACCUUUCUGCUCAUACAGAAUCUGGGAUUUGGCCUCUUCAUGCUCCUUUUUCACAGCUGCCUCGAUCCUAUGUCUCUCUUCAAUGCUCUCGUAUUCAACCUGCACAAGAGGAACAUCAUCUUCCCGGUCAAGAUCCUGAUAAACGAGGUCGAAUCAGCCAAGGGAAGGGUGACGAGUGAAGGGGUGAGGACGGACAAUUUCGCCGAGCAGCACCACGUUCUCUCCGCGGAUGAGAAAGAUGCCAUGCCACGCCUCUGCGAAUUCGUUCCCGUGGUAUAUUCGUUCGACCGUGUCCUCAAGCACGAGGUUGGCUGCGUGGACACCAGAUACCCAUGA